AUGCCUCGCCCGCCCAAGAAGUCCGUCGAGGAAAAGGCCAAGAUGCCCGUGGCCGUUGUGCCUCCUCCCACCAUGCGCGUGGUUGACAACGACAGCUUCCUGCGCGUUCGCGACUCGGCCGUCGGCAGACUCACCACCAUCCUGGAGCUCCUGAGGUCCUUCACCAAUGACUACAUCCGCCAGACCAACCUGCUCCUGGGCGAGGGCACCGCAGAGGGCCCUCAGGGCGAUCUCAUCAACACCUUUGAUGCCGCCGCCCAGCUUAUCAUGCCCAUGCCGGACAUGACGCCCAUGGUUGAGGAGAAGAAGGAGCGCAAGAAGCGGACACACGACCCCAACGCCCCCAAGCGCCCGCUGACCCCCUACUUCCUGUACAUGCAGCACGCCCGGUCCAUCAUCGCUAAUGACCUUGGUGCCGACGCUCCCAAGGGCGCGGUGCAGGAAGAGGGCCAGCGCCGCUGGGCGCACAUGACUCCUCAGGAGAAGCAGGGCUGGAACAACGCCUACCAGUACAACCUGCGCCUGUACAACGCCCGUGUACACUCCUACAAGAAUGGAAACCCCCUCGCGAAAAACAUGAACGAUGAGGAAGCGCUCAAGUACGCAGAGGACUUUCACAUUCCCAUGCCGGAGAUCAAGGACGCCGCCGCCCAGGUCGAGGCUCCCGUCAACGACCAGGAUGCCAUUGCCGAGCAGCUCCAGCAGGUCGCCGCCGCCACCAGUGAGGGCGACGAGAUCGAGGCGCCCGCUGCCAAGACCCCUAAGAAGCCGGCCUCCAGCCGCAAGCGCAAGACGGCCACGCCCGCUGCCGAGCAGGAGACGCCAAAGGUCGCCGCCCCCGCCAGUCCGGAUAAGAAGCGGAGGAGGACGUCGGCCAAGGUGGCUGAGCCUGAGAAGGAGGAGCCCAAGAAGUCGGGACGCAAGAAGACUAAGAGCACUUGAACGAC